AUGCAGCAGGGAGCCAGGAUGGCUAUGCCUGUCAACCCUCAUAUGCAGCAUCCUGGAAUGGCCCAACCCAUGGACGCUGCUACUAUGCAACAGCAAGUUGCUGCUAUGAAUGCUGCUGCUGCCAAUGCAAACGGUGCUGAAUACGGUGGACAACAAUUGAAUGAACAGCAAGCCAGAGCCCAUAUGGAGCAGCAUUUUCGCAUGCAGCAGCAGCAGCAACAGCAACCACAGCAAGGAAGAGAUGGCAAGGUUGCAGCUCAACGAGCUCUUGGCGUUGGUGCCCAACCUCAAUAUGCAAUGCAGCAUCCUCAAGUAAUGUUAGGUCAGGGAAUUCGACAGGUCACAACUGCAAAUGGUUCCAUCUAUGUUGAUAGUACAGGUCGACAGGUGCAGAUUCCACAAGGAUGGCAACAAGUUAAUGAUCCUAGACAGCCUCCGAGCAAUGUUGUCAAUCCCGUCAGUCAAGCUCAACUUCAGCUUUUCUAUCAGCAGCAGCAGCAACAACAACAACAGCAGCAGCAGCAGCAACAACAACAGCAGCAGCAGCAACAACAACAGCAGCAGCAACAACAGCAGCAGCAACAUCCUCACCCUCAGCAACAAAUGCUGCCGCCGCAGCAAGCGCUUCACUACCAACGUCAACAGCAGCUUGCUCAGCAACAGCAGCAACAGCAAAGAGGCUCGCAACCACCAUCAGCUCGACCACCACAUGCUGUUCCGCCUCAGAUAGCUCCUGGCCAAUCACCUGCUCUUCUUCAGGUUCCUCCACCACCUUCUAUCAAACGUACUGCAAGUAGAGCUGCUUCCCGCAGUGCUUCACCUAUACCUCCUCAUAUCCGCCCACCCUCUGCCAUGGCUCACCCUAUGCAAGCUUCGUCCUCAGCUAUGCCUACCUCGGGUGCUGUUCCUACAAUCGUGCCUCUUCGAUCUGCCACCGUCCCUAUCACAAACGGCGAGGGAUCCCAAACUCAAUAUUCGGAGAUUUCUACGCUUCGGCCUGUAGUUGGAUCAGCUAGGGUGCCAGAUGGCAAAUUCGCCCGUCUCCAAUCAUCUCAACCUGGGAAAAUGUCUAGCGCUGCUCGUUUGCAACGUUCCGAAGAUAAAACGGGGUUGCUUGAAAGAAUCGCAGAAAGGGCGCGGCUUGCUUUAGCUGCUGCAGAGAAGGAGAAAGAAGAGGCGAGAAAGAUCAAAGAACAGACCGGAGUAGACGAAAACCCUCAGUCGGCUUUUGACCGAGCGUUGCUGGACUAUCUGUCUUCUACACAUGUCGGCACCGGUGAAGAUCAACUGGACACAAAAGAUCGUUCAUCGACUGGUGAUGCAACAUUGGUGGAAGGCGCAGCUGUAUCCUUAGAAGCUAAGUCCACAAUAGUAUCUCCAGCCAAGAUCGACUCUGGACCCUCCAGAAACCAAGGCGAGCAUUCCUCGUCCCCUAAAUCCUCACCUUCGAAAGAUGUUCGUACACCCACAGAUUCGAUUUUUGGUCCUGAAAAGGAUGAAUCAUCUUCGCCAGGCAAAAUGAGUGUAGACCAAGACAUGAAGAAUGUCAAGCCGGAAACUUCACCUGGGGAUAAAAGAACUUCCGAUGAACGGACUUCGCAUGGGAAAGCCGUACCUCGCGACCUUGGUGAAAUGUAUACCUGGUGGGUUGUUUUCCAAGAUGCUAAACGUGUUCGGGCAAAACGACAAAACAUCAAUCCCGGUUCUCUCCAACCCAACACCGCUGUCCCCACAAGCGUCAUCACUCCGUCUUCAGCCAUUGCUGCCCGUAUUGCCACUGCAGAUUCCGCUGUUGCGAUUCGAGCCGCUUCAAACGAUCUUGCUGGCCAGCGUGGUCAGGCUGGCUCCUCUCAGCAAUCUCGCGAGGAGGACCUCGUUCCAGUGACAGCAACACUUCAACAGAUGGAGGCUAUGAAACGUGAUCAAACCGCUAGAAUCCAGGCCGAUCAAGAUGCACUUAGACGACGGACGGAGAUGCAGAAUGGCAUAGCAGAUGGCCGUCAGAACGUGUACUACAAUACCAACGGUCAACCUCAAGCCAUGACUCAAGAACAGUUGAAGGAUCUGUACCAACAGCAACAGCAACUCCAUGCACAGCAGCAUCACCUGCAGCCUCAAAGCACCGGUACGCAACAUCCGUCAUCCCAACAACUGUAUCACCAAAUGCAGAGCAAUGGUGCAAUCCCAGUCUCGACUCCCGGUGGUACAAUACGUCAGAUGCAGCCCCAAAUGAUGAUGCAGCAGCAUGUCGGUAUGGGUCAAUCGCCUUCAAAUGGUAGUCCCAGUACUCACAAACGAGGUGCAGAAGCUUCUCCUCUAGAGAAUCAGAAUACAAAGAAAGCUAAAAUGAUUGGAAAAGCGCCGACUCCCGAAGACCAUCGAAGACAGGCUCUCGAGCUUGCCAAGUCAGUCAUGCCAGCUCCUGGCGCCCUACAGCUCCCAAACCAGCAGCAACGUGUUAUCUCACAGGAAAUGCCCAGACCUUCUCUCGAAGCUCAACGUCAAUAUGCUCAAACACAAGCGGCGUACGCCAGACAGCAAGAGAUGGCAGUGCGACAAACAAUAGCCAAUUCACCUGUCGGGAUGAAUGGCAUGUCACCCGCUCAGAUGACUCCUGCUCAACUCACAGAGCAAUCUCCUUUGGGUCUUGGCUCACCGGCGAUCCAUAAUAAUCCCAUAUAUGAUACGGGUGUCGAUGGAAUGCCUGUUUCAUCGCAGCAGCAACAAACCCCAACGAUGGGCAACCGAGGCAAGAAGGGCAAACAAGGGCCGGGCCUCACUGUGGAUACGGACACUGCUGCUGAAGCUCCUGAAGCAACACCUACUGGCGCAUCAGGGAAGCGUAAGGCGUCAGCAAAUAAGAAACCGCCGAAGAGCGCAAUAGAGAAGAUGCCAAAAGGAAAGAACGCAAAGGGAGGAAAGGGAGGUCGACCGUCUACAGCUGAUGCUUCAUCAUCAAACAUCGAGGAAUCUCCGAGUGCACCAACCCCGAGUCAAGAUUCGGUGCCAGGAUCCUCGAGGUCUCAGGUCUUCCCCUUGCCGCCUACCAACGAUACGGCGGCUAUGAAUCAUCAUCAACAACCUCAACAGGUUGAGAAUGGUAUCAAUCUAUCUGGUCCAUCUCAGUCUCAAGUCGUCAUCAGAGAUCCUCAGAUCGCGCCAAGCCAACAACCACAACCGGCUGCCCUACAGAUGGAACCCCAACAAGGAUUCGAAAACAACUUUGGUUUCGAUGACACUGCUGAUUUUUUGAAGAGUUUCGACUUCGGCAACAGUGGAAUGCAGAUGCCUACCUCAGCUGAAUACGGAUCUUUCAAUUUCGAAGACUUCAACUUUACCAAUGUCGGUGAAAACCAAGAUGAUUGGGGAACGACACUUGACGGUGGAGUCGAUGGCAGUAUGUCAUAA